GUACAGCUAUGACGACCUCCACUUGGUCUGCUGCCAUGAACCGGGCAGGAAGGGAUCCUGGGUGACCACUGGCCCCAAACAAGGGCGUCGGACUAGGUGUGCUUCCAUGCCGGAAGGAUGCCAUCACGAGUCAUCAGAGGUCAUGGGUCAAACUGUGGAAGUAGCAGCUCCCAUUGACGAUAUUGAGGUUUAUUGCGAGUUGCCGGGGGAAUCUAAAGUUAUUGAGUCAGUGCAUGCGGACAUUUCAGAGACCACAUGUACUGAACUGGAGACUGACCAGAACAGUGGGAUGUCUAGCGCAAAUAUUGGCUGUGUAACUGAUACCGAGACAAUAGCUUUAGGUGAUGCGGAAAGCAGACAGGAUUAUAACUUUGGGAAUAAUGAAAAUAUCUGUGAAAGUCCAAACGCAUGUGAGAACCCACAAUGCAUCACUAUCCAUUCUAACAAUGAGUCUCCACUGUGCGCGGGUGACAGUCCUGGCAGUUCUCCAAAUCACCAGGAAACAAAAGAGACGCAUACUGCAGGGCACAGCAUUGCACCUCAAACCUCUGACCCCACAGCUACGACAACUGACCACAAACAUGUAGGAGAUGGGCAUCCUAAUUCUAGUUUGGAUGUCGCAGCGGUGCAUGCAAAAUCAUUGGACAGUUCUGUUCUUAUGGAGAAUCAUUGUAUUUCACCCAUUUCUAACCAAACAGAAGAUGCUGUUGUGAUGAGGGAACAACAAGUUGACAAAGGACUAAGUCAGACCUCGAGGAAGGAUUGUGCUGACGAUCGAGAUGGACUGAGUAACCCUGGAGGACACCUGAUCGAAAAUAAAGACAAUACUUUAAAAAGCAUUCAAGCUGGAGAGGGGGAGUGUCAAGAGACCAGUGAGACAUUGGCUGAAAUUGUUAACAGUGAACUAGCCAACCAGAUGUUAUUGCAGCAGGAGGCAGGCGAAAUGCAUGGGCCAAAUGAAGACAAAAGUGAAGAAUGUACAAAUGAAAGAACUGAGCCUAUAUAUUGUGAAAUUCUGACCAAUGGCGACAGUGAUGUUAAUGUCACAGCUUUUGAACUGUAUUCAGAAGAAGAGUUUACACAGACAAGCGCGACUCAGUGUGCAGAUAAACAAGUGUCAAAUUCUAUUAUAAAUUCAACGGAAAAAACUUUUGUGGACCAAGCUGUGUCUCAUCCAGAGAAGUCCAUCUCUAAGUUAGACACGAUACCAGAGGCUACCUUGGCUGAACCACAUGCCCAACAGAGAUUCAAUUUAACUGCACUUGAGGUUUUGCCUAAUGGUCCGACUGCUGAAAAACAGACCCCGGAGACGCAGCUGUCUUUUGCACAGGUCAGAGAUGAGGUCGCCCCAUCUGAUUGUUAUGGCAACCGAGCGUCCAGUCCGCCGCGCCGUGACACACCCGCUGAAGAGGUGACAGAUGGUCCCAGGGAGCAGCAUACACCUGUACACGCUGCCACUGGUGACACAAAUAAGACUGAGCAAGUUUUAGAAGGAGAGCCCAGAGUUAAAGUGCGUGUAAAAAAGCAUGAACAAGUACGUCUGGACUCAAUGAUUCUUCUGCUGAUGAAGCUGGAUCAGCUCGACCAAGAAAUCGAGAACGCUCUGAGUGCAACAUCCUCCACAAGGAGCACGGCGACCCUUCCCCGGCAUCAGGAGUUUGAUGGAUCUGGAUUAACAGUGAGAAGAUCUCCCCAGCUGAAUGACAGCCCCUUCCCCUGGAUCCCAGAGGCCGGUCUUGGAGCAAAGCCCAAAAACGGAAGCAACCCCAUAUCUGAAAAUGAAAAGGCCGAGAUUGAAGCCAAAGAGGCCUGUACGUGGCUUAGGGCUGCAGGGUUCCCACAGUACGCCCAACUUUAUGAAGAUGCCCAGUUUCCCAUAGACAUCUGCUCCGUCACCAGAGAUCAUGAUUUUCUGGAUCGUGAUGCCAUCGAAGCUCUCUGCAGACGCCUGAACACCUUGAACAAGUGUGCACUGAUGAGACUGGAGAUAUCGCCUCAAAGAAAAAGAAGUGAAGACUCUGAUGAAGAUGAGCCCUGUGCCAUCAGUGGUCGCUGGACCUUUCAGAGGGACAGUAAACGCUGGUCCCGGAUGGAUGAGCUGGAUGUGUUCUCCUCUCUCCACACGGACGACGCCCUCCCCCCGUUUCCUAAAGACCAGGGUACACAGAAAGGCAAACUGCUCCUGCGAGAAGGCAACAGCUCGAGUGUUCUGACCGACCUGAGUGAGCAGCCUGAGGUGGGCUCCAUCCACAGCAGUGGCAGCGGAUGCAGAGCAGAGGACAAGAGCCACCUCACCACCCUCACUGAGCCUGUGCCCACCGGGGCCACACGAGCCAGCUCUGUGGCCAGUAUGUGCUCCUCCUCGGGCACAGGCUCAGGCUGUGCCAAUGAGGACUCUCUGUCUGAUGGCAUGCCCCCGUCACCUCUGGAAACACUUGGACAUUUUACCUUUGACGUGAAAACAGGCAUGGCUGGUCGGGGAGGGAGUCUGGAUAGAGGAAGCAAUAAAAGCACUCGAUCCAGAGCAAAGAGCUUUCUGAAGAGGAUGGAGAGUCUGCGUCUGCGCAGUGGAAGCACCUCCAAGAGGAAGAAGAAGAGCAACCCCAGCGGUGCUAAGAUCGAGAUCAGUGGACCAGUCAUCAAAGAGGGGCUGGAUGACGACAAGCUCAGGAGACUCAACUGUGUCGACAUCUCCAGUAUUAACCUGAACCUCAACCACCACCGCAACCCCACACAAACAAUGACCCUCAACCGAAACCGCACAGUGUCCUACUCCACUCAGACCAGUAAUGGCAGCACUGGCAGCACCGGCAGCAGCCAAUCAGAGGCCAGAGGGAGCGCAGUGAGCACGCCCAGCCCUGUGACCCGUGCUCGCAGUCACAGUACUGCGGCUGGCACUGGUAAGAGAGGGGGCAUGUAUUUAGAGGGGUUUGAUCCUUUCAGUGUGUAUCAACAAGGUUCAGAACGACAGCCCACACCACCUCCCAAAUCUGCUCCCCCCGUGCCCUGUCACACAAGCUCAAAAAUGACUGUAGAUGAGCAGAACCGCAGGAAUAAUUGUACCGUCCCUGAUCACAGUCCCAGUGUGGAGGAGGAAGAGGAGGAGGAGGAGGAAGAGGAUGGCAUGAUCUUCUUUUAUCUACCAGAGGGGCACAAGCCUGGAACAUUCCCCAAAGCCUUGCACGACAGCACCUCUCGUAACAAUAACAACAAAAACGAAAAUGGCAAUUCUGUGAUCCUCAGAGGUCGACAAAGCAGACGUCAGCGCCGAGGCUCCUCUGGAUCUGUGGACAGCAGCCGGCUCAGCUUUUAUGACAAUGUCCCGUACACCGAGGACGCAGAGGAGGAGGACAAACUAGAGGAGCGCUUUGUUAACGCUUGGUCAGAGGCUGUGGCAGGUGAGGAGGACGAGGAGGAGGAAGAUGAAGAGGAAGACUCAGACUCAGCCCUGGACUCGGCCUCUCCGUGUCCAUCGUCCCCUCUGCAGAACCGCCUGGAGGAGACGGAGAACGGGAGUGACCAGGACAGCACUGGGAACCCACUGGGAGAAGGAGAAGAGGGGAUGAGAGAGAGAAGGGACUCUGGAGUGGGAGCAUCGCUGACACGGACCAGCAGACCCCAAAAGCUGCGUUGGCCCAGCUUCCAGAACUCCCAUCGUCCCAGUGUGGCCUCGGCUCAGCUCCAGAUCAGCUGCCAGUCUGUUCUUCAGAUGAACCUGCUGCAGAAGCUCUCCCUGCUCCAGCUCACGGCCCUCCUGGAGAAGCACACCCCAACCAACAAACACGGAUUUAGCUGGGCUGUGCCAAAGUUCAUGAAGAGAAUCAAGGUGCGCGACUACAAAGACAGGAAUGUGUUCGGUGUGCCAUUACAAGUUAUUGUACAGCGGACAGGACAGCCCCUCCCUCAAGGAAUCCAGCAGGCCAUGCGCUACCUACGCAACCACUGCCUUGACCAGGUGGGUCUCUUCCGAAAAUCUGGGGUGAAAUCUCGCAUCCAGGCUUUGCGGCAGAUGAACGAGGCCAGUGGAGCAGAUGGGGGCGGAGUCAACUACGAGGGCCAGUCUGCGUACGAUGUGGCUGAUAUGCUCAAACAGUACUUCAGAGACCUGCCAGAGCCUCUGCUCACGAGCAAACUCUCUGAGACCUUCCUCCAGAUCUAUCAGUACAUGCCCAAGGAGCUCCGUCUUCAGGCUGCACGUGCCGCUGUCCUGCUUUUACCUGACGAAAACAGGGAGGCGCUGCGGAGUUUGCUGUGUUUCCUUAGUGACGUGACCGCAAAUGUAACGGAAAAUCAGAUGACCCCCACAAACUUAGCCGUGUGCCUGGCCCCGUCCCUGUUCCACCUCAACACGCUACGACGCAAAGAGAGCUCCUCGCCACGGGUGAUGAACAGGAAGCAGAAUCUGGGGAAACCGGACCAGAGGGACCUGAAUGAGAACCUGGCUGCCACUCACGGCCUGACCCACAUGAUCCAAGAGUGCAGGAAGCUGUUUCGGAUCCCAGAGGAAAUGAGCCGCUGCAGGAACUCAUAUGUGGAGCAGGCCCUGUUGCCACGGCGACUGGAGGAGCUGACGGGUGAGGAGGCGGGGCCAGAGGGGGGCUACAGGGCCUUUCUACGGGACGGCCUGGACACGCUGCUCAAAGAGGCCAAAGACAAAUUCAGAGGCUACGACAGCUGCUCCACCUCUGAGCACGCGGAGCUCGCCUACAGAAAGGUCCAUGAUGGUUUUCCGCUGCGUCUAUGGAAGGUGACAGUGGAAAUUCCUGCUGCCCCUGAAGAAGUUUUGACUCGGAUACUGAGGGAGCAGAGCCACUGGGAUGAGGACCUGCUGGAGAGCCGUGUAGUGGAGACUCUGGAUGAAAAGAUAGAAGUUUAUCAAUUCGUCCGCAACACCAUGGCCCCACAUCCCACCAAAGACCAUGUGGUUAUCAGGACCUGGGCUACAGAUCUAGCUAAAGGAGCGUGUGCACUUGUGAGUUCCUCAGUGGACCAUGAAGGACUGCCUGUGGUCGGCGUGCGCGUCAAUGUUCUUACAUCACGUUACUUCAUCGAGCCGUGUGGGAGCAACAAAUCUCGACUUACACAUCUGUCCAGGAUCGACUGCAGGGGCCGUUUUCCUGAGUGGUACAAUAAACUGUAUGGACACUUGUGUGCUGCUGAGGUGGCUCGGAUACGUGACUCUUUUACUGUGCCAAUGGACAAAUAAAGCCUGGCCAGGACUACAGACGAUUGGAAAACUCCACUCACUUUGAAUCCAACAGGGCACUAGACAUGAUUCAUUCCAGCGGCGCUUUUGUGUUCUUACGCUUUAAGGACAAACCUGGAUCUCAUUUGAAGGACUGUGUGACUCUGAUACAGUGUCACAGGAGACUUAUCUGUAAAGUGUCCCAUUCUGAUGUCCAGCCACACCGACCGUCAUGCCAACUUUUAUCUGGGCCAAAGGACAUGUACGAGAGGAUACAAGGCUCAAAUCUUAUCAAAAGGGUGCUACUGCUUCUGAGAAGCAACAGGAUUAGGCAGUGUACAGUGUCUGUGUAUAUGUGAGCGAGUGGUUAAUGAAUAUUCUAUGUACAUACAGUGUUGUGCCAUGUGUUGUCUGUCACAUAUUACCUCUGUCCCUUUUUCUGUUACAGCAAAGCACACACCAAUAUUUGAGCAGUACAUACAAAUAUAUAUCUGAGAGUGAAGAGUGGUGAAUGUGGAUGAAGGUUAGACUGGAUCCAGAGAGAGGACUUUUAUGAUGGCAGAGUUUAGAGAAGAUGGUGCUGGAUCACCUAUCAGUGCACCUGAUUUACUCACAUAAAAAUACAUUUUAAUUUAUUAGCACAAAGAUCUUCAAGAAACAUGACUUGAGUUGUUUUCCUUAUGUUUAGUAAAAGACCAGUCGUUCUAAAUGGGCCAAAUUUGAAUAGACACCAAAGUGAGUUAUUCAACGCUGAUAAAAUAAACACGUGUAAAUACAACAGAAAGCUCUGGUGAGGCGAGGGGUUUAAGAAAAAGUGGUCCUUUUAUAAAGGUGGAGAGUCUACAGGUUU